GAUGAUGAGAUUGGAGAUGGGACCACUGGUAUUGUCAAUGUGAUCCUCACUUGUGACCAUCUCUUUCCUCUUAUCAAAAUCCAUUUGAAAAUCCAUAUAGCAGAUAGCUUUGACCAGGCCUGUGCUGUUGCCUGCAAGAAGCUCGACAGCAUCUCACAUCAUGUUGACUUCUCACCCAAGAACAAAGAAAAUCAUCCCAGGACUGCAAUUACCUGUCUAGGCAGCAAAAUGUGUGCCAGUCCUUUCUUUCUUUCCUUGAAUAUGCUUUAA